AUGUCGGGCCUAGCACAGACGACGCAGUCGUUCAAGACGAGGGUGAAGCCGACGGACCGGGCGGAGUGGACACGCAGAUCUCUGCCAGAGUCGCUGCUGCGGACUCUAGCCAACGACGCACAGCUCUACGCGCAAUGUUACGUCGAGCUGAACAAGAUAUCUCCAUUGGCAGCAGCGUGUGCAGCGACGACCAACACUCGGUGGCAGUACGCCAUCGCCAACAAGGGCCACCAUGCCAUUUGGUUCGACCCGGAAGCGGACAACCAGCCUCGCAGCCUCGAGUGUUUCCACUCCAACGACAGCGACGAGACCAAGUCAGUCAGUUUGCCCUCUGGAAUCCCUCCACUCGAACUUCAGUGCGACCUCGACCCGCUCCUCCACCUCCUUCCGACCGAAUACGAGGACGCCAUCCUCGCCAUCGACAACUACCGCACCAAACUCGUCGACGUGUGCCUCGACGUCGGUCGAGUCCCCUACGUCUACACGGGCAAGAAGCAGCGCGUCGUGCUCAGCAAGCACGGCGCCACCGUCGCCAAGGACACGAUCGACGAGAUCCUGAGCAACCUCGGCGGCGAAAUGCGCAUCGGAGACGACAACCGCGCCGGCAUCGACCGACAGCUGCACCGCAUCUCCGUCAUGCGCAGCAAGACGGACGAGGUGUACGGCCUGACGAUGCGCGUGGGCCGAGCGCUGCGCAACGCGGCGUGCGUGCUAACGGACCUGCUGCUGAGCGCGCGCCACGCCGACAAGUCGGUGCUGGUGCUGGGCCACCCGGGCAGCGGCAAGACGACGUUGAUCCGAGACGUGGCGAGGUGCGUGUCCGAGACCAUGGAGAACGUGUGCAUCAUCGACACGUCGAACGAGAUCGGCGGCGACGGCCUGGUGCCGCACGAGUGCGUGGGCUGGGCGCGGCGCAUGAUGGUGCGGUCGCUGGAGGCGCAGGCCGGCGUCAUGGUCGAGUGCGUGCAGAACCACACGGUGGAGACGCUCAUCGUGGACGAGAUCGGGCGGCGCGCCGAGGUCUUGGCGGCGUCCACGGUGCGGCAGCGCGGGCCGCGGCUCAUCGCGAGCGCGCACGGCGACUUCCGCGCGCUGCUCAAGAACCCGGACCUCAAGGGCCUCGUGGGCGGCUCGCAGCAGGUGAUCGUGGGCGACAGCGCGGCGGCGCAGUCGGCGUCCAAGAGCAAGCUGCAGACGCAGCGAGCUGGCAACCCCAUCUUCGACGUGAUCGUGGAGCUGGACCACGUGGUGCGCGGCCGGUGUCGGGUCAUUUGGGACGUGGCCAAGGCCGUGGACAGCGUGUUCGAGGGCAACGGGUACGCGUUCGAGACUCGGCAGUGGGACGCGACCACGAGGGGCGUGCAGGUGCUUGACGUCCAGUAA